AUCAUCAUCGUCGGCAAAUUUCCCACACACACAAACACACACAAGAUAUCAAGGUAAAAACAUCAUGCUAAAUUCAUGUUGAAGAUUGGAUAACUUAUAAAUUCUGUGUUAUACACGUUAAACAUGGAAACUCUCAAAGAACAUUGUUCUGGAGACACCCAACAAACAGGGUUGCAACUCGAAACUGAAUCUCAAGCUCUGGGUAAAAAUGAUCCGGGAAAAGUGAAUAGUGUUUGCUCUGAAACUGGUCAUGAUUCGACUUUAAUCCAAACAAGUUCAGAAACGAUUGCAAACAAUGUUGAACAUCAAUCAGAUCUUCUGAAUGGCCUAUCAAGCUCUCAAGAAGAACAGUUGGGUACUGGCGAUGAGAACUUCUAUGAACCUAACAAUGCCGUGGUUGCUAUGGAGGUCGAAAUUGAAAGCAGCUCAAUCACUAGUGAUCAGACUUGCAGCUUGACAGAAUCGCGGCCCGAUGAGAAGAUGGCAACGUCCAGCGGAGCCAAUGAUGGCGCGACUGUUUGUGAAGCAACUAUUGAAGAAAAUAGUGCCUUAAAAGUUAUUGAUGGUGAAGGAGCAGGCUCAAGCUCGAACACGGAGGCAGCCGGAGGCCAACCAAAUUCGUUUGUGUUAUGCAACUCAAAUGCUCUGAAUGCAUUGUGGGGCUACGGCGCUCUGAUAUCCAGUGAUGAGAGUGGCGACGAGGAUGAGCCAACUACUAUUGCAGCUGCGGGAAACACUUUUGCUCCUAGGAAGCCUGUUGUGGAUCUCGAUUCAGACUUCGGUUCCAGUGUGUCCAGUUCAUCAUCACUGGUUUUCACUGAUGAUAGUGGAAGCGAUGAUGAGCAAGCAGCCUCUGGUGAAAAGAAUACGCCCAACGCUCGUCCAAAGAAGCCUCCGAUGACUGAUGGAGAACUCGCUUUGGAAGAUUUGCCCCCCAUUGAAGAUUUGCAAAUAACCAUGCCUCAAGAAGAUUGUACCAAAGUCGGAGAAGUACUGCACAUUGUGGAUAAACUAGUUAUUGUUCAGGGCAUUAAGAAUAUGCCUCCGCUAGAUUUGGAAUCAGCUCUGUUCCUGUCGUGGGACCGACCUCUUGGCCUCAUAUUUGAUGUGUUUGGUCCGGUCUGCGAGCCAUCCUAUUGCGUCAGAUUCAAUUCCAACGAGGAAAUCAAGAAGAAAAACAUAACCCCAGGCAUGCCUGUCUAUUUUGGACCAAAAUCUCAAUACACCAACUACGUCUUCAUGCAGCAUUUGUUGAAUUCGAAAGGAAGCGAUGCGUCUUGGACUGGCAAUAAUGAACCUCCUCUGGAGCAGCUGGACUUUUCUGAUGAUGAAGCUGAAAGAGCCGCCAAAAAAGCAAUCAAGGCAAUCAACAAAGAAAUUAAACCGGAUCCGGAUGAGCCGCAGCGAAAGAAGCACGUGGCCUACGAAGAGCGCAUGAACGCCAUGAAUCUGUACAUGACGCGAGUGAGUGAACUGAAGAGUGAAGCGCAACAGCGCAGGCGCAGACCUCAGCGCAACCCGGGACGACUGUUACAUUCGCCCGUGCUCUCAGCUCCAGUCACUGUCCCCACCUUCCAUCAGCAGCCGCCUCCCUAUCGCGCUGCCGCCCCCAACGCCUCAAUGCCGCCUCCUUUUGCGGGGCCAAUGAUCCCAUUCACUAUGCCGCCUCCGCCGCCCACCGCUCUGCCAAAGCCUUCCAUGUUCGUCGACACCAGUCGCCCUCCGCCAACUUCUCCUCACAUGGCUUUCCCGCCGCCCAACAUGAGUCUGCCGCCCCCAACCACACACUUUUGCAACAUGAGUGUGCCGCCCCCGACAGCCGUUGCCAAUAGCCGCCUCUUUCGGGCCAACAACUCGGUCAACCUCAACUCGCUGUUCCCCGAUCUGUUCGUUCCUCCUCCCCCCUCAAUUGCCAACACCCCCUUCCCCGCGCCACCCCCCACCUUCGGCCCACACAAAGAUGGCGGCGCUCCUGUCGCCAACGUCAAUCGACUGCCCCCCACCACUGCCCCCCACUUCAUCCCUUCCACAUUCCACUCCACCCACCAUCCUCCGCCCACUUCACCCAAUCAGCCCGCCUACAGCAUAUACAGAAGAUUUAAUUAGCCUACCUGUAAUCCAAUUCAUUUUCUCAAUCUUUCUUCCAGCAUUUCAAUUAACUAAUAAUAUCUGUAUUUUUACAAUUAUACCAUUAAUAUUCAGUUCAGCUGUGCAAUUAUUUUUUUAUAGUUAGUAUCAACUAACAAUUUAUUUUUCAUUUUAUUUAUUCAAAUAUCAACUUCAGUUGAUAAAAGUUCAUUGAACACACAUUCAACACCUCAGUACCAACCUAAUAAUUCAAUUGAACACACCUUCAGUGUCAUCAAAACGUUAUAUCAACUUUUUAUGAUGAAAGUGAUUGAGAUGAAUAUUUGAAGCUAUUAUUCUAAGUAUCGAAUCUCUUAUGAAUUUAAUUCCCACAUUAUAUUCUCAGGUACUUAUCCAGUUCAAAUAACUGAGCAAAAAAUACUGCUAAAACCGAUAAGCAGACCGUAGCAAAGACUGGGAUGCAUCUCUCCCUGCUGCUCAAAGAGCCAGGAGAGUAGCAUUCUCUUAUAAGUAGCAGCACUAAAUCUGUUGAACUCUGAGAACUGAGCAACACAAACGGUGUGCGCGAUAUACUUAGGGAAACGAGAAGAGGCCAGAGUCUAUAAUCUUGGCAUUCAUAUGUUGUUGAUGCUGGAGGAGCGAGUGAAAUGAUCAUGAUUUGAUACAUAAAUUAUGUGACUUUCAUGUUUCUUGUGUAUGUGCACUAGUGAGGUUGGUAAAUAGAUGUCUAUAUUAAGCAAGCUUCUUUAUAAAAAGAACAGCAAUUGAACAGGUAUACAGUAGCGAGUAAUUGCAUUUUAAAUAUGGAUUCGAGUUGAGUAGAGAGGUUUCCUUGGAGCGAAUUCGAUCAGUUAGGUGUUCUGAAAUAUUUAGAAAAAUUGUUCAAUGCGCCGGUUCUCAGAGUAAAGUUUUAUUGUCAUUCAACAGGUUGAAGAUUUUUUUAUUUGAGAGGAGAGGUUUAAGAAAGUACUAUUGAUUGAAGUGCGUUGUGAUUUCAUGGCGCAGAAAAAGCUUUGGUUGCAUAUAAAAAAUAUUUGGUUGCAUAAAUAUUUCAAAUGAGUCAUUCCAAGAUUUUUCAACUUCUUAUUAAAUUGAGAACCAGAAGUUAUAUUCUCAGUAUACUUUGAGUAUUUUAUAUUAUUUCGUUAUUCAUUAACCAAUGACAUAUAUUUUGUUCGUUUUGUUGCACGUAUUAUUUUUUGGCACUUUUAUUACUGUUUCGUAUUAUCUAUUAAAACUUGUCUAUGUUAUUCCAGAACAUUUAUAAUCUCUUAGUUGUAAGUUUUGGUGCAAGUUUUGUUUUUGACUGUGAAUUGUGUUGGCUGUAUGGAUUGUUGAGCAAUGUCUGAUAUCUGAGUAGAAUUGGAACAAACGAACUGCAUUCACCUGAGUAUUGAAUCUCUUUUCUCAUACGAUGAUAAUAUGAUUUAUGUGAUUCUAGGAAUGAUAAUUUUAGUAGAACUCCAAUUAACCGAAUUAAUUGGGACCGGACCCCAUUCGGUCAAAUAUCAAAUAUUCGGUAGAUUGGAUUAAAAAAAAAACGGGAAAUUUAGAAAAAAACAUUAACCUAUUAUUAUUUACGUUGAUAAUUAUAACCGCUUAAAUACUUUACUGUAUGAACUUUGAUAUAAGUGUUAAUGCUUAUUGAACAUCACUGAAUUUUCACGUACUUUUUCGCCAUUCGGAUUAUCGGCGAUUCGCAGUUCUGAUAACUGGAGUUCUACUGAACUACACGGUAAUCUACACAAGUUAUGAUUAUUAUAAUCAUCUUUCACGUUAUCACUUUAGGUUGGUACACAGCAAAAAAUAUCAGAAAUGAAUUAUUAUCAUCUGUGUCAUGAAUGAAAAAAAGUUUUUAGAAAGUCUCAAAUUUCAUUGAAUAUUCGUUACAUAAUCAGAUCUUCAAAACUAAAGUGUUCAAUUUUUAAUGGAAUAAUAUUUUGUUUACCCAUUUUUAAUAAAAAUUAUUCCAACGACCAAAACCUCCAUUAACACUCACAUUUUGUCAGAUGAUCGUAGUUUAUUCUACAAUUUCGAAAGUUCUAUUCAACGGCUAGUAGCACAGUAGUCAAAAUUUCAAUGAAAUCUAUUUUUUGUAAAAAUUAUAAUUUUGUAUUCCAUGUUCAAUAAUCUUACACAGUAAUUUAUUAUCAUAAAACUCUUGAAAUUAUAUAUUCUAUUCAAUCUACUCCUUAUGAUAUUUGGAAAUAAAAUGUAUUGCAAUAGUGGUAUAAGAAACAUUCAUAUAAUCUCAUAACUCUGACAAUAAUAAAUUUAAUAUUCAAUUAUCUCGUGAUGUGUCCAGUUUUAUAUGUUAUGCAAUAAUCUACUACGAUAUAUUAUUUUAAAGCAAUUAAUAUUUUCCAUCAAUUAUUAUUGCAAUAUUACUGGUAGAUUCUGAUGAUUCUGUCAUCAUAUCAAGAAACUUGAGUAGGAAAAUCGUAGGUAAUACUCAAAACUAUUACAAAAAAUGUGUUUGUGAACAAUUAUUAUUAUGAAAAACUUAAUCUGUAAUAUUUCUAUAUUAUGAUGUACAAGACUGUUCAAAAUCAACUGAACGAUUUUCUGGGCUAGGAGGCCCAAUUUACAGUAUGAUUUCAAAUUAUUUGAUUUAGAAAAACUUACUACUAUAUAAUUUAAUACUUGUAUUUUAUUUUCUUUCAAUCUUUACAGAAUGAUGAUUUUGAAUUUUUCUGUCUGUCUUAUUUUCAUUCUAUUCUCAUUAGAAGUUACCAACUCUAGGAAUAGAUAUUAUUCCAUUAGUACAAAUAAGGUAUCGUGUUUAUUUGAAUUUAUGUUCUAUUGUAAAAAUGAAAGUUACUUGUAAUAAUAAAGCAUUUAUUGUCAAGUGAA